AAUUAGCAUAAACUCCGUCGUCGAUCCGGUCUCGACCUCUCUCUCUCUCUCUUUCCUCCCCGUUUCUUGUCCUCCGAAUCAGAUCGAAACAGACAGCGGCCACCACAUUCUUCCAGGUUCCAAUCUUUGAUUAGUUGGUUGCGUCUCUAGGCUGCAGCAACACGAGGUGAUCGAUCGAUGAGCUACUACAAUCCUCACGCCCAUGUCGGCGUCCCCCCGCCACAAGGAUACCCGCCGCCGCCGAUGGAUGCCUACGGGAAGGCCGGCGGCGUCGACGAUCACCACCUCCACCACCAACAUCAUCAGUACCCGCCGCAGCCGCCGCCGCCGAUGGAUGCCUACGGGAAGGCCGUUGGCGUCGACGACCACCACCUCCACCACCAACACCAUCAGUACCCGCCGCAGGCGCCGCCGCCGAUGGGGUACCCGGGGGCGCACCCGUACCCUCCUCCGCCACAGCCGUACGGAUACCCGCCGCCGCAGAUGUACCCGCCGCCGUACGCGCAGCCGCCGCCGCCCCCGCCGCACCGGCACGAGCGCCCCUCGUUCUGCCAGGGAUGCCUCGCGGCCCUUUGUUGCUGCUGCCUCCUGGACGUAUGCUUCUGACGACGAGGAGAGACGAUCGAAUUACCGAAUGCAAAGCCCUGCUAAAAUGGCGUGCUCGGAGGGAAUCUACACGACGACGUACGUGGAUGGUCCUUUCUACGUCAUCGCAGGCUAGACUCUGGUUGGGUAGUACACUUGAAUAGAUUGUAGCUGUCGAGGUGCAUGUAUAAGUGGACAUCUGGUUGUGUAACUUGUGCGUGACUAUAUGUUGUCUGGCUGGGAUGAUCGAAGAAGAUUACUCAAAUUCUGCUCCGGUGAAAACUUCAUUGUUGUUACUUAGGUAUUCGAUCGCAUUUCUUCUUGUUUCCUGGAAAACGAACUGUGUGUAUAAGCCCGUCUUUUUUUUUUAA